GCACCUCAGUCAUAAGGAAAGCGUCCGCCGCGGCUGGUGGCUUCUUGUUCAGGAGCAAGUGUUUCUCCGUUAAUUCUCAACGAAACGCCUCAUCCGUUUGACAGGGGGGGAUUUUACCCCAAGUGGAAUAUAAGUUAAAGCCAUGGCUGGACCUGUCAGUCUGGAGUUGGAUCCCAUCUUUUUGAAAGGCCUCAGUUAUCUACACUCCAAGAGUAAAGACUCAGCCGAGAAGCUUAAAGCUUUACUAGAUGAUUCCCUCUCCAGAGGAAGUGACUCAUCCUACCGUUCAUUACAAAAAGAUAUAGAGGUUUCCAAGGUGUCUGCGUCAAAACUGAGCUUAAGUAAACAGGACUCCAAGUCGUCCUCCAGCUCCUCGUCCUCCAGCAGCAGCAGUAGUAGUAGCAAAUCCAGCUCGGAAAAGAGCAAAAAAGAGGUGGAGAAGCGACCCGCUGAGAAGGUCAGGGUUGAGUUGAGUGACGUGGACCCUCCCAAAAAGCCUCGCUUGGAGAAACAGGAGAAUCGUGCUUCCCCAAUUACAGUUCAGACAAGCAAAGAUCUCCUGCCAAACAUUAACGACUACGAUGAGACCAACGCUGAUGACUUUGCCAUGGAGAUGGGUCUGGCAUGUGUGGUUUGCAGACAAAUGACAGUGACUAUGGGGAACCAACUGGUUGAGUGCCAGGAGUGCCAUAAUUUGUACCACCAGGACUGUCACAAGCCGCAGGUGACAGACAAAGAAGUAAAUGAUCCACGGCUGGUGUGGUAUUGUGCCCGCUGCACGAGACAAAUGAAACGCAUGGCCGCGAAACCUGCACAGAAGCCAUCCCCUGCCUCUGCAUCAUCAGCUCCAGUUGUAAAAGACACGCUGGUGAAAAAGACAGAGCUGAAAACUAAGACGGACACAACCAGCACCUUCCAAGCCUUCAAAAGAGCAGAAGUAAAGGCAUCCGCAACGUCAGCCAACCCCAGCAGCAGCAACUCCUCCUCCUCAGCUAGUGGGCUCACAGGCUGGGCUGCAUUUGGUGCCAAGACGAACCCAUCUCUCCCUGCCAGUUCCAAGUUAGGUUCCUCAGGCCCGAGUGGGAGUCACAAGACCUUGGCAGCUCCCUCUGCCCAGAAACCUGCUGGCCUGUCUGGGCUGGCAGGAGCCAAGUCCGGACUUGGAGGCGCAAAGAUACCUGGGAGCGGAAACGGAAACGGCUCGAGCCAGGUGCCUCUUAAACCUCCUCCUCCUCUGACUCUCGGUAAGCAGCCGCUGAACCGCUCAGGGAGCGGGGAGAACCAAGGGAAAGGGUCGUCUUCGUCAGGGGGCGGCUCUCCCAGUGGCUCCCAAGCAGGGGCUGGGGGGAACGGAGGCAGCAACGCAGGAGGUAACGGGAACAGGAAUGGGUCAAAGGCUGCACCGGGGGAUAAAGCACCAACAUCCCAAGAGUCCCAGCUGAACGCCAUGAAACGGUUACAACUCGUGAAGAAGAAAGCAGCACAGAAGAAACUGAAGAAAUAAGCAGAAGUUGGAAGCAGGGAGGAAUCUGAAAAUAAAUGCUGUGGAAUCUGUGUCAGAGCAGUAUGUUUGUAUAUGUAGUAACAACAUUCAGUCAAAUACUUGAAUCUGUCUUUGUGUAAAUGCUGCUGGACUCUGUGCCUCGCUCUGUCCUAACAAAUCUAACCAUUGAAAGAGUGACUGUCACUUUUUAUCAACAAAUGCCAUUAAAUCUCCUCUUCUUAUAAA